UUUGUUUUCUUUUUCUAUUUUCUUGCAGACAGAACAAUUUGCCGUUCUAUGGAUUCUAUUCACCAUCAUUGUCCUGGGCAACUCGGCGGUAUUGUUUGUCAUGUUUAUGAAUAAAAAUCGCAAGUCACGCAUGAACUAUUUUAUAAAACAAUUGGCACUGGCAGACUUAUGUGUGGGUCUGCUGAAUGUCCUCACCGAUAUUAUCUGGCGCAUUACGAUAUCCUGGCGUGCAGGAAAUAUUGCCUGCAAAAUUAUACGUUUCUCUCAGGUGUGUGUGACGUACUCCUCCACUUAUGUUCUGGUGGCCAUGAGUAUCGAUAGAUAUGAUGCCAUAACGCAUCCGAUGAAUUUUUCUAAAUCAUGGAAACGAGCCCGCCAUCUAGUGGCUGCCGCCUGGAUUGUCUCUGCCUUAUUUUCCCUCCCUAUUUUGAUGCUGUACGAAGAAAAACUGGUACAAGGCCAAACACAAUGUUGGAUAGAAUUAGGUUCACCAUUAUCGUGGCAAAUUUACAUGGGCCUAGUGUCGGCAACAUUGUUCGCCUUUCCUGCUCUUAUCAUCUCCGCCUGUUAUGCCAUUAUCGUUAAGACGAUAUGGGCUAAAGGUUCCAUCUUUGUGCCAGCUGAAAGGUCAGGAUUUGGCAAUAAUUCGGCGACAACGACAACACGGAGGGCGAGUAGCCGUGGCAUUAUACCUCGGGCCAAGGUGAAAACGGUUAAAAUGACAUUCGUCAUUGUCAUCGUUUUCAUUGUUUGCUGGUCACCGUACAUUAUCUUUGAUUUGCUGCAGGUUUUCGGUCAUAUACCGCAGACACAAACAAAUAUCGCAAUCGCAACGUUUAUACAAAGUUUGGCACCGCUCAAUUCCGCCGCAAAUCCAUUGAUUUAUUGUCUCUUUUCGUCGACGGUAUUUAGGACAUUAAGCCGCUUUCCUCCCUUCAAAUGGUUCACCUGCUGCUGCAAAUCCUAUCGCCAUAAUUCCACCACAAACCGUUGCCACACCGUUGGCCGCCGUUUGCAUAACAGCUGUGAUUCCAUGCGCACCCUUACCACUUCGUUGACCGUUUCGAGACGUUCGAACAAGGGUACCACCCGCGUGGUGAUAUGCGAACGACCCAAAUCAAAUUCUUUACAUCAUAAUGCCAUGUCAGAGGUAUGAUAGCAGCAGCAUUGUGCGCGUUGUUCCAGUGUCAUUUUGUAUCGUUCGACGCGCUUCACUCCGAUGGAAUAUCUUUAAGUU